UAAGAGAGGGGGAAAGAAAGAGGAAAAGAGUGCGAGGGAGUGAGGGAGGGAGGAAAAUAAACAACAAAAAAUGUCCUCUUCCUCCCCCACCGGGCAGAUUGCAAGUGCGGCGGACAUCAAGCAGGAGAAUGGGAUGGAAAGCGCCUCGGAAGGGCAGGAGGCGCCCCGAGAAGUGGCGGGGGGCGCGGCGGCGGGGCUGAGCCCCCCGGCUCCAGCCCCUUUCCCCCUGGAGCCGGGGGACGCCACGGCCGCCGCCGCAAGGGUGAGCGGAGAGGAAGGGGCAGUGGCGGCAGCGGCGGCGGAUCAGGUACAACUCCACUCGGAACUUCUGGGCAGGCACCACCACGCCGCGGCCGCGGCCGCGGCCGCCGUCGCCGCCGCCGCCGCGCAGACCCCGCUGGCCUUCUCGCCCGACCAUGUCGCCUGCGUGUGCGAGGCGCUGCAGCAGGGGGGCAACCUGGACCGCCUGGCCCGGUUCCUGUGGUCCCUGCCCCAGAGCGACCUGCUACGUGGCAACGAGAGCCUGCUGAAGGCGCGGGCGCUGGUGGCCUUCCACCAGGGCAUCUACCCCGAGCUCUACAGCAUCCUCGAGAGCCACAGCUUCGAGUCGGCCAACCACCCGCUGCUGCAGCAGCUCUGGUACAAGGCGCGCUACACCGAGGCCGAGCGAGCCCGCGGCCGGCCACUGGGCGCCGUGGACAAGUACCGGCUGCGCAGGAAAUUCCCCCUGCCCCGCACCAUCUGGGACGGCGAGGAGACGGUGUAUUGUUUCAAGGAGAAGUCGCGCAACGCGCUCAAGGAGCUCUACAAGCAGAAUCGCUACCCUUCGCCCGCCGAGAAGCGGCACCUGGCCAAGAUCACCGGCCUCUCCCUCACCCAGGUCAGCAACUGGUUUAAGAACCGCCGGCAGCGCGAUCGGAACCCCUCAGAGACCCAGUCCAAAAGUGAGUCAGAUGGCAAUCCCAGCACUGAAGAUGAAUCCAGCAAGGGCCAUGAGGACUUGUCUCCUCAUCCACUCUCCGGUUCAUCGGAUAGUGUCACCAACCUCAGCCUUUCCAGUCACAUGGAGCCCGUAUAUAUGCAACAAAUUGGAAAUGCUAAGAUCUCAUUAAGCUCUUCUGGAGUUUUGUUGAAUGGAAGCUUGGUGCCUGCAAGUACUUCACCUGUCUUUCUUAAUGGUAAUUCUUUCAUUCAGGGACCCAAUGGAGUCAUCCUUAAUGGAUUAAAUGUGGGAAAUACACAGACAGUGUCAUUGAACCCACCAAAAAUGGCAUCAAACAUUGUGAGCAAUGGUAUAUCCAUGAGUGACAUACUGGGGUCUGCCUCCCAGGAUGUGAAGGAAUUCAAAGUCCUCCAGAGUUCUUCAGCUAACUCGGCAGCCACCACUUCCUACAGCUCCAGUGCCCCUGUGUCAUUCCCAGGGCUGAUACCCAGCACUGAGGUCAAAAGAGAAGGCAUUCAAACAAUGGCUUCCCAGGAUGGAGGCUCUGUGGUGACUUUUACUACACCAGUGCAAAUUAACCAGUAUGGCAUUGUCCAGAUCCCCAAUUCCGGAACAAACAGCCAGUUCAUUAAUGGGAGCAUUGGAUUCUCUCCACUGCAGCUGCCUUCUGUUUCUGUAGCAGCUUCACAAGGUAAUAUUUCAGUAAAUUCAAGCACUUCAGAUGGGAGCACAUUUACAAGUGAGUCCACCACAGUCCAGCAAGGAAAGGUUUUUUUGAGCUCCCUUGCUCCCAGUGCAGUGGUAUACACUGUUCCUAAUUCAGGCCAGACUAUAGGAUCUGUUAAACAGGAGGGCUUGGAGAGGAGCCUGGUAUUUUCUCAGUUGAUGCCUGUCAAUCAGAAUGCACAAAUAAAUGCAAACCUGUCUUCUGAAAAUAUCUCGGGGAGUGGUCUCCAUCCACUGGCCUCCUCAUUAGUUAAUGUAUCCCCAACUCACAAUUUUUCCCUGACUCCCCCUACCUUACUAAAUCCCACCGAGUUAAACCCUGACAUUGCUGAUAGCCAGCCAAUGUCUGCACCUGUGGCAAGCAAAUCUACUGUGACAUCUGUCAGCAACACUAACUAUGCAACUCUUCAGAACUGUUCCCUUAUUACUGGUCAAGAUCUCUUGUCAGUCCCCAUGACUCAGGCUGCCCUUGGGGAAAUUGUUCCUACAGCUGAAGACCAGGUGGGUCACCCUUCCCCAGCAGUACACCAGGAUUUUGUCAGAGAACAUCGUUUGGUUCUGCAGUCAGUAGCUAACAUAAAAGAGAAUUUCUUAACAAAUUCUGAGAGCAAAGCCACAAGCAACUUAAUGAUGCUGGACUCAAAAUCCAAGUAUGUCCUAGAGGGCAUGGUCGACACUGUCUGUGAAGACCUGGAAACAGACAAAAAAGAGCUUGCCAAGCUCCAAACUGUCCAAUUGGAUGAAGAUAUGCAAGACUUAUAAACUUGAGUUCCCUCUCUCUCUCUCUCUUUUUCUGGCAUCGGCAGGCAGAUCUUUUCACGAAGCCCUGAGGACAUAAAGCAUUUUCCCAUUUAAAGGGAAACACUAGUUUUGUGGGUAAAUGUAUUCAAGAGACUGGAUUGGUGUGCAUGAAGAUCACAGUUAAAUAUACAGGAGUAGAACUGCAUUGCUGUAGCCUUUUUGUUCACAUGUG